CUACGGAACAUCUGCACAGUGCACAAAGCAAAGGCUGAAAUAUGGGGCGAUUCAUGGCAUUCAACACUCUCUAUUUUUAUUACGCACUGGUCAUAAUGAUAGCAGUGCUGUCAAUAACUACCUAUGAAGAUGAAGAGAAAAUGGAUCAAGCAUACGAAAACAAAAGUUUGACCAACGAAUUGGAACGUCUAAAACGAGAGAAAAAGCAGAACGAAGAUAAAUUGGAGGAUGGUAAGAAAGAGAUAUCAGUAUUGAAAGAGAAGCUGAAAGAACUCGAGAAAGAACUAGCAGAGAAAGAGGAGGAGAACAAGAGCUUGACUGAAAACUUGAAAGAAGCAUACGAAAACAAAAGUUUGACCAACGAAUUGGAACGUCUAAAACGAGAGAAAAAGCAGAACGAAGAUAAAUUGGAGGAUGGUAAGAAAGAGAUAUCGGUAUUGAAAGAGAAGCUGAAAGAACUCGAGAAAGAACUAGCAGAGAAAGAGGAGGAGAACAAGAGCUUGACUGAAAACUUGAAAGGUACAAAAUAUCAAGCAAAGUAUCGGUACUAGUUGUUAGAUUUUAAAUUUUUGCUCUACUAAUUGUUGGGG